AUGGAGAGCGACCCUCGCAACGGCAGCAUCGGGAGCGACGCCGAGUCAAAGGUGGUCAACCGGUGGCCCCGAGGCUUCGGCUUGGCGUUGCUUGACAGAGGAACCCAUCAGCCAAACACUGGGACCGCCUGGACCAACUCCACACCUGGUGGACACCCCAUUUGUCAGAGGUGGCGGCCAGCUGCGACGUCGGAAACAUCGACCUGGCGGAAAACGGCGAAAGUUCUGGAGCAAAUGGUGCUCUACCAGAAGGUGCGACAGCUGAAGACUCUGAGCGACGAGGAGAUGAAAAAACAUCAGAUUGAUGUGGUCGCAUUGCCAGCAUUUGGUCCUGAAUUUUGGCAACAUGAGGAGCUACACCUUUUGGAGCGCCAGUUGGGUUACAAAACGAAGCUGUCGGAUGGCUCCCUUGAGAUCACCCGGGAGUCCAGUAGAGACGUCUUUGUGCGAGUCAGCAAAUGUUGGUGUGAUGUUUCUUUGAUUUGUCUGAAGAUGAUGGCUGCACUGCUGUCGCUGGAGGCCUCGAUUCACGUGUGCAACCUCCCCUUUCCGGAAAUGGCAAGUACACCUUCGGUCAAGGAGUUCGAAGGGGUUUGGGCGGGAAAUCGCCGCCUCGCUUCGAAGGAGAUUGAGACAUCUAAGACAGGUGACGUCCCUGGUGGCGAUGGGUCUGCUAACGCACGUCGAUUGGCGUUCAACGUGCCCUCUGCAAGCGUGCAGAAUAAAAGUCUUGAGGAAGCACGGAUGUCCUGUGCGUCACAGAUCAAUGGCAUCAUCUCCAGUGUUCUGGCAGUGAGUCAAUACGUCUCAGACUCAGUCUAUACCUGCCCCGCACCACAGAAUGUGAAAUCUGAAUAUCAAGCCAAGUGCAGCAUGAGCAUCAGUGUUUUGACCUCUGGCGUGGAGAAAUCUGCGGCAGCUUUGAGUGACAUCGCCGUGGAAUGUCGGGACCCCACCAUGGGCGACGUUCCCUACUCCAAAGCCGUGAAGCCGGGCCGCGAAGAUAUUCUGCUGGCGGCGUGUCUGAACAACAUCGGGCAAGCCCUCAGCUACAUCGGCAAGAUUGGAUAUCAGCUGAAUGAUUUGGCCACAGCCCCUGGAGUUUGUCCUGAAUAUCCCACGAGCUACGAGCGUUACGUUUGCACAGAGAACAUUGGCUCCCUUCUAGCCGACCUCGGGCAGGUGGCCACGUACCUCUCCGCCGCGGCGUCUGGCUGCGGCCACACCACGUUAGUUCCUUUCUCCUGCUCCUCACGCAUCGCGGCAACGGUCACGGGCAUGUUUGACGCGGUGCAGGGGAUUGGCGGCGCGCUGGCAUGGUGCAACCAUCCUGGGCCGAUCCAGAGAAAGGUCGCCCACAAAGUGAGUGAGAUACAGGAACAACUCCACAACAAGUUGUAUAGCCACAGUUUUCCUUUGCCAUGA